CCCUGGGGACGAGCGCUAUGCAGUGGGCAAAACCGUAGGCUUGGAGUUCGGAAACUGUUCUGGGCUUCGGUUUCCUCAUCUAUUGUCAAGGUUAUUAAAGCCUGUUGCAGGGAAAGCUGCUGCCGUUCACCCCGUGUCUUCUGGUCGCUUCCCUCUUUGCUGCCCCUCCCCACAGGCUCCCCCUCUCCACCUCCUGGGGACCAUCAUGAAUGGUUCCCCUUCCCCAGAGGAUGGGGCCUCCCCCUCUCCUCCCCCUUUGCCACCACCCCCUCCUCCUAGUUGGCGGGAGUUCUGCGAGUCCCAUGCCCGGGCUGCUGCCCUGGAUUUUGCCCGCCGUUUUCGCCUCUACCUGGCCUCCCACCCGCAGUAUGCAGGGCCGGGGGCUGAGGCUGCCUUCUCCCGCCGUUUUGCUGAGCUCUUCCUGCAGCACUUUGAAGCUGAGGUGGCCCGGGCCUCCGGCUCCCUCUCGCCACCCAUCCUGGCUCCCCUGAGUCCUGGUGUGGAGAUCCCGCCACAUGACCUGUCCCUUGAGAGCUGCAGGGUGGGUGGGCCCCUGGCUGUGUUGGGCCCUUCUCGAUCAUCUGAGGACCUGGCCGGCCCCCUCCCUUCCUCAGUCUCUUCCUCUUCUACGACCUCCUCGAAGCCGAAGCUCAAGAAACGCUUCUCCCUCCGCUCAGUGGGUCGCUCCGUCCGCGGUUCAGUCCGUGGCAUCUUGCAGUGGCGGGGGACUGUUGACCCUCCCUCCCCAGCGGGGCCCCUCGAGACCUCAUCGGGCCCCCCAGUCCUGGGUGGAAACAGCAACUCCAACUCCUCUGGGGGGGCCGGGACCAUUGGCAGGGGACUGGUUAGUGACGGAACAUCCCCUGGGGACAGAUGGACUCACCGAUUUGAGCGGCUGAGACUCAGUCGGGGCGGGGGGGCCUUGAAGGACGGAGCAGGGAUGGUGCAGAGGGAAGAGCUGCUGAGUUUCAUGGGGGCUGAAGAGGCAGCCCCUGACCCAGCUGGAGUAGGCCGGGGAGGAGGGGCAGCUGGGCCGACCUCAGGGGGAGGAGGGCAGCCUCAGUGGCAGAAGUGUCGCUUACUGCUCCGAAGUGAAGGAGAAGGAGGAGGAGGAAGUCGUCUGGAGUUCUUUGUGCCGCCCAAGGCGUCUCGGCCUCGACUCAGCAUUCCCUGCUCUACCAUCACGGACGUGCGGACAACCACGGCCCUGGAGAUGCCUGACCGGGAGAACACGUUUGUGGUUAAGGUGGAAGGCCCCUCGGAAUAUAUCCUGGAGACAGCCGAUGCUUUACACGUGAAGGCCUGGGUGUCUGACAUCCAGGAAUGCCUGAGUCCGGGACCCUGCCCUGCCACCAGUCCCCGCCCCAUGACCCUCCCCCUGGCCCCUGGGACCUCCUUCCUUACAAGGGAGAACACUGACAGCCGGGAGCUACCGUGCCUGAAUCACUCAGAGAGUCUGCCCAGCCAGGAUCUGCUGCUGGGAGCCAGUGAGAGCAAUGACCGCCUGUCACAGGGGGCCUAUGGGGGCCUUUCAGACCGCCCCUCAGCGUCCAUCUCCCCCAGUUCCGCCUCCAUUGCUGCCUCCCAUUUUGACUCAAUGGAACUGCUUCCCCCAGAAUUGCCCCCCCGCAUCCCCAUUGAAGAGGGGCCCCCAGCGGGCACCGUUCAUCCCCUCUCAGCCCCCUACCCACCCCUGGACACUCCGGAAACGGCCACAGGUACCAGAGGAUCAUUCCUGUUCCAGGGGGAGUCAGAGGGAGGUGAAGGGGACCAGCCCCUCUCAGGGUACCCUUGGUUCCACGGGAUGCUCUCUCGACUCAAGGCCGCGCAGCUAGUGCUGGCAGGAGGUGCUGGCUCCCAUGGUGUUUUCCUGGUACGGCAGAGUGAGACGAGGAGGGGCGAGUACGUCCUCACUUUCAACUUCCAGGGCAAGGCCAAGCACCUGCGCCUGUCGCUGAACGAGGAGGGUCAGUGCCGGGUCCAGCACUUGUGGUUCCAGUCCAUUUUCGAUAUGCUCGAGCAUUUCCGGGUGCACCCCAUCCCUCUGGAGUCUGGAGGCUCCAGUGACGUUGUUCUUGUCAGCUAUGUCGUGUCCUCCCAGCGACAGCAGGAACCGAACACCUCCCAUGACCCACCCCAGCCCCCUGAACCCCCUUCAUGGACAGAUCCCCCACAUCCUGGGGCAGAAGAGGCGUCGGGGGCGCCAGAAGUGGCGGCAGCAGCAGCCGCAGCAGCCAAAGAGAGGCAAGAGAAAGAGAAAGCGGGCAGUGGAGGGGUCCAGGAAGAGCUGGUCCCCGUGGUUGAGCUGGUCCCCGUGGUUGAAUUGGAAGAGGCCGUAGCACCAGGCACAGAGGCCCAGGGAGGCGCUGGAUCUGGUGGGGACCAGGGGGCCACCCCGAUGGUGCAACUCCAACAGUUACCACUAGGGGGCGACGGAGAAGAAGGGGGCCAUCCCAGAGCCAUUAAUAACCAGUACUCCUUCGUGUGAGACACCCUACCCCGCUCUUUCUCCACUCUUCUUGCUCCCCAGCUCUUAGUUGGUGAGAUGGCGCUGGGUGGGGACGUAGAGGAGCGGUAGGAAUCCCCUCCCCACGUGCUUCCUGACCCUUGACGGCCAAGGGCAUCUGCAUUGGUACAAGAAGAGGUUCGAGAGCCCUGUUAACUCCCCAGUUCAUACACUACAGGUGCCCCAUCCCCUGGGCAGGGGAUUUGGGCUCCAUUACCUCCCUGAGGGGCUCUUAUGGUCAGCCCCACCCCUGGGGGCCAUUUCCCCACUAACCACCCCCCAGCCCGAAGAAGGGUGAGGGGGAAGGGCUGUCAGUUACUUUAAGGUGGUUGUUGUUGUUGUUUUAAACAAAAUGGAGAAGCAUAAAUAAAUAAAAGGGUUUAUCUCAGUUCCAUCGCGAUGGCUGUGGCCAGUGUCUGCAGUGGGGGCUGGGACAGGCGGGUC